AGAGAGUUGGUAGAAUGUCAAUCUGAUCCCACCUUUUGGUUCUGAUUCCUUUCUCUAUGCAUUAUUUUUUUCUAAAUCUUAAUAUUUUUGUUUUUCAGAAUGAUUCAUUAGUGUCUUCAGGUAGUGAAAGCUCAAAAGAAGACUGGCUCAUAAAAGUCUGCUGUCCAGGUGCACGGCAUCGAUAUUGUAGACAUGGCCAAACAAAAAAGCGAAUAUCGUCAUGUAAAAAGACUAGAUUCUCACGGAGCUUAGACAAAGAUGAUUUCACAGAGUCUGCACAAUGGAUGCCCUUUACAUCUUACCAGACCUAUACAGGAGUGCCAAGGCAGGAGAGCUCAGACUUGAAGUGGCUCAUAAGACUUCGCUGUCCAAGGGCUCAGAUGGAGCUGAUGUUGCCAGAUGCAAAGCAAUCUCUUCCAGCAGUAUCCUUGAGUAGAUCACCAAGCAAGAUUUGCAGAGAUAGCCAGACUGAAAAUGCAAAAAAUCCAGAGAGAUGGCCAGCAAAGAAGCAUCAUUCCAUUACACAGGCCGUAGUUAAUGAAACCCAGGAUGCUGUUGGUUCCACUCAAUCCCUGUUGGAAAGAGAAAAUCACUUUGUAAGGGAAGUAGACAGGUAUUUGAAGCACAAUGAUUUCUUAGCUCUAAGGAGGAAGGAAAUGCUGUACAAGAAAUGGUUUGAGAGUGUUUCAAGACCUCUACUACAGAAAAUUCAGGACAAAGUUGACAACCAGUCAAGUGAAGAAAUAGAGGAAAGGAAGCGAAAGCAGUUCUCACUUUAUUUGAACUACUGUAAUAAGAAGGGCAGUGCAUUUUUAGAAAGUUACAGCCCUUCCUGUUAUGAUCCUUUCUUCCUGAAGACUUGCACGGACAUUUGGAAGGUGUCAGUUCCACCCUUAUAUGAUCCUUUGUUAAUGGAGAUUCAAGGAAGAUACCUCGAGGCUGGCAUUACCCAACAGUGUGACACAGGAAAAAUAUACUCCUGCAAAGAGCUGAAUGAACUUCAUAAGACUGAACUGCCACUGCUUCCUUUGAGUCGGCAGCUUAUGAAUCCUGUAGAGUGGUUGAAGAUUCCACCUGGUUAUAUAGAGAGUGAAAUUCGUCAAAAGAGCCGGCAAAAAAUGAGCGCAACUAGGAAUGUGAGUUCUAUGGAUUUCAAGAGCUGGGGUGACUCGUCCCAGCUUCCAUUGAACAAGAGAUGGCCCUCUACUAGGAAAUCAGAUUUCGCCUGUUUGCCCAGUUUUUUGACAAAACAAAUACAAACUGGCCCACCACAUAGGAAAUCAGCAAUAAAAUCUGCUUAACAAUAUAUCUUUGAAGUGGAUUAAUUGUACAAGAUAUAAAUAUCUCUCUCUCUCUCUCUCAAUUACUGUAAUUAUUUGGAAGUAAUUUGGAUAUUCAAGCUUUGCUUUAACAACAGACAAAUAAGAAAAGUACACUAAGGAUAAGCUAUGGAGAUAACAUAUUUUAAAUGCUAUUUUAUAUCCUGAUUGUUU